AUGUUGCGGUUCCUGGGGUGUUUGCAGGGCCUGUUUGAAGGCGAUGGUAUAUUCCCGGUGCUGGAGGAGCUAUUUUCACGUGCUGUCGACCUUCAGACUGGCUCGUCUGAGGAUUCUCUGGGAUUGGAGCUUGUCAGCAUCAUUCUCUAUACCAUUCCUUACGUCAUGGCCUCGUCUGCCACCGGAUUCGAGUCUCAAGCUUCUGCUCUCCUGGAAAAGACGGAUAUCAUUGCCUCAACCCCCCAUACCCUUGAAGCAAUUGUUGACCCUUUUCCUAAGAAACAAGGCGAAGAUGAAGGCGGCAGAUUAAGCUCCUUAGGUCUGCUUCAGAAACAGCUGCAAGAUGAAGCUGCCCAAUCGUGGAAGCUUGCCUGUAUUCCGAGACCGUGGAAAGAACCGCUCGCCCAAAAGGAGCCAAAGGAAAAUGGGGACGAGGAAGAGAAAAAGGAAAAUGAAGAAACUCCCAAGACUCCUACGAAACACGCUUUUCCGACAAUCGCGGUCCCUAACCCAGUCAAGACUGGGCCUAGGGCUAUUUUCCCUGAGAUCUACUUCUCCGUCUAUACUCAUCAAGACAUUGACACAGUUCCUCCGACAUCCAAUAUUGCAUCGUCAUUGGUCCGAGACGCAUUGGUUGACACCAUCAAUGUUCUUGACUUCAACCGAAAUGCAACGGCCAAAUUCCUAAUCGAUGUGGACUGCUACUUUGCACCAGAUACCUUUGUCAAGCGAGCUGUCCCUGUAGACCAACUGCGUGACUCUCCAUCUCCUCAGAAAUCAACCUGGAAACCAGAGGAUGUUGCUGUUGACGCUGCCUUCUCCCAGCUCCUGCGGCUGCCAUUCCCAGAACAUAAAUUAGUAUAUUACCAUUCUGUGCUUACGGAAUCUUGCAAGAUUGCUCCCGCCGCAGUUGCUCCUAGUUUGGGACGUGCGAUUCGAUUCUUGUACCGAAAUAUUGAUCAGCUGGACCUUUCACUUGCCUAUAGAUUCUUGGAUUGGUUCUCCCACCACCUGAGCAACUUCGGUUUCACGUGGAAGUGGACUGAAUGGUAA